UGCGCUUUCAUUGUGCGGUUGCUCGGUUGCUCCGCUGCGAUCGCUCGAGCUGACAGUUGCGUGUAUUUAUUAUAUAUAAAAAUAAAAAAAAUAAAAAUAAAAAUAAAAAAAAAUAUAUAAAUUGUAACACAUCAACAGAAUAUCGAAACAGAUAAAAACGAGGCAUCACGUUUCUUGAUCUAAGUGAAUUAUUGUGUCGCUGUUCUGUUUUUCCAUUCAUUUGGCAUUGGACUUCAAUUUGCAUAGAACUGAGUCCUAAAAAAAAUAACAUCAAAUAUAUAGAGACAGACACGCUUAAAAUUAGUAAAUGUGUGAUAGUGUGACGCUUGAUUAUCAACCAAAUCUAUAACGAAAAUUGCGUAAAUACAAACCAAAAGCUAAUUGCAUUUGGCCUGCAGCAAAAGAAUAUUAGUUUGAUUAUUAUUAUUGUUAUUUUUGUUGUGAUAAUACUUCGUAUAAAUUAAAACCCUGGCAGUAAUUAAUUUCUGGGCAACAGCGAGGACAAUAAAAUGCAUUGUGCCACAUAAAUUUCGGUUGGCUUAGCGGAAAACUCGCCAAGCUUUUGCAAAUUGGCAGCACUUUGUCUGGCAGAGAGUCCCGGGAAAUAAUAAUAAAAUGGAAUCAGAUAUAAUAUACGAUCAGCAUGUGCAUGAGGAGCUGCUGCCAGGCGCCGAGGAGGAGGCGGAAUUCGAACGUCUUUAUGCGGCGCCCGCGGAAAUUGUGGCUCUACUCUCCAUCUUCUAUGGCGGCAUUAGCAUUUUAGCCGUGAUUGGCAACACGCUGGUUAUUUGGGUGGUGGCAACCACUCGACAAAUGCGCACCGUCACCAAUAUGUACAUUGCGAAUUUGGCGUUUGCGGAUGUCAUUAUUGGACUAUUCAGCAUACCGUUUCAGUUCCAAGCUGCGCUGCUCCAACGCUGGAAUCUGCCGUAUUUCAUGUGCGGCUUCUGCCCGUUCGUGCAGGCGCUCAGCGUGAACGUCUCCGUGUUCACAUUAACUGCGAUUGCCAUCGAUCGACAUCGGGCCAUAAUUAAUCCAUUACGCGCACGUCCCAGCAAGUUCAUAUCGAAAUUCAUAAUUGGAGGCAUUUGGCUGCUGGCGCUGCUCUUCGCCGCGCCGUUCCCCAUCGCGUUCCGUGUGGAGGAGAUCACGGACCGUUUUCGUGAGAACGACGUGUACUUCAAUUUGACUCGGCCGUUCUGCAUGAACAAGAACCUGUCUGACGAGCAGCUGAAGGCCUAUCGAUAUGCUCUGGUCUUUGUGCAGUAUCUGGUGCCGUUUUGCGUGAUUAGUUUCGUUUACAUACAAAUGGCGGUUCGCCUGUGGGGCACACACGCGCCUGGCAACGCACAGGACUCGCGUGACAUAACGCUGCUGAAGAACAAAAAAAAGGUCAUUAAAAUGCUGAUUAUCGUCGUGGUUAUCUUCGGACUGUGCUGGCUGCCCCUGCAGCUCUAUAAUAUAUUAUAUGUCACAAUACCGGAAAUCAAUGACUAUCACUUCAUUAGCAUCGUCUGGUUCUGCUGCGACUGGCUGGCCAUGAGCAACAGCUGCUACAAUCCCUUCAUAUACGGCAUCUACAAUGAAAAAUUCAAACGGGAAUUUAACAAGCGCUUUUCGGCGUGCUUCUGCAAAUUCAAGACCAGCCUGGAGCCGCAUGAGCGCACCUUUUCGAUGCACACGCGUGCCAGCUCCAUCCGCUCCACCUACGCCAACUCAUCGAUGCGCAUACGCAGCAAUUUCUUUGGCGCACGGAAUGCUGGCGGCAAUGGCAAGGGCGGCAUGAGCUUCGCCCGAACUGCUUAUCAGGCCAAUUUCAAUGGCAACGGCCAUGGGCAGGGGCAUGGCAAUGCUAACGGCGGGGGAGGGGCCGGUGGCGGCAGCACCAGUAGCUACAACAACAAUGGCCAUCAAACUGUGGUGACAUUUGCGGGCAGCGAAACGACAAUGGGCCCCUGGCGACGUAAUCACUUCAAACCGCUGCAUCCGAAUGUGGUUGAGUGCGAGGAUGAUCUGGCACUGAUGGAGCUGCCCUCUACCAGCGAGGAGCUGCCGUCCAGCAUGGGCGGCGGCGCAGCGAAUGGAGCAGGCGUGCAGCUGGCGCUGUUUAAGUCCGCAUCCCGAGAAAGUUUUAGUUGCAUUUGUGAACAGGAAUUCGGUAGUCGGACAGAAUGUGACGGAACCUGCAUACUCAGUGAAGUAUCCCGGGUGCAGCAGCCGGCAGCGGGUGGCGGCGGCAGCGGCUCGGAGCCCGUAAGCGAAUCCUUGUGGCAGCCCCUCUAAAUACGCCGCAAAUACGGCGUAUUUCUCUGUGAUUUCGAAAUAAUGAAUUGUGAUUGCAAACUGAAUGUUGUUGUUGUAGAAUGCGCGCACCGAACAAUGUGUUUACAUAAGUCUAUAGAGUAGAAUGUGUGAGUGUGUGUGUGUAGUAUUCCUAGCUGCAAGCCAUGUACAGUAUUAUUAUAGAGACUAUUGUCAGAGUGUGGGGGCCACGGGAUCGCGCAGAGACACAGGAGAAACACAAAGUGCUAAGCCCUGAAUAGCAUAUGAAAUUGAAAUAAUCAAUUUCAAUAUCCUGCCAAAAGGAUAAAAGUCACAAAUGUACUAUAUAUAUACAUAAAUAUUCGAUAGUAAAAAAGUAUUGGAAUCCGUUUAGAAAUAACUGUUAUUUCCAUACACUCGCUACAUUUGCAUUUCAUUUGUUAUUUUUUGCCCAUCUAACUAUUUGUAAGCGCAUUAAGCCAUUUACUCCAAUUAAUAGUCUCAUGAAAUCAAUUAACUAGCGUUAAAUGAUAAAUUAUUGAAUUAGUCUUUAAAUAAUACUAUCAAUACAAAUAUUUCUAUGUAUUUCUGUAAUAUAGAUGUGCACGUUUUAUGGCAUGAAAAGGCUAAUUAAUGUAAUUAUCUUAUUGAAUUAUCAAUAAUAAAAAAAAAAAAUAAAAUAAAAAAA